AUGCCCUACGAGUCUUUGCAAGUCCCUCCUGGGUCUUCGACUUCGUCUCCUAUUCCUGCAUCACUUUUUUCUUCUGCCCUUCCCUCGCAUGAUUUCUCGUCUUACCAUCCGAUGGAUACUUCUGUGACGACUGGAGCGGUUACUCUCGCCUCAGUUGAGACUCAUGCCCCUACUGCGCUUGAUUCGUCUUCGUAUCAAAUGGACGCAACCAUGAUAACUGGCGAGCCUCCUCUCGCCUCAGUUGAAACUCAUGUCCCUACUGCGCUUGAUCCCCCUGGCCCUAUCACACAUUCUUUCCAUGAUUAUUCUUUUUAUCCUGGCGUAACAGACCCCAUGUCUGUGGAAUCGGCAUUGACUCUUGGCUCACUUCGCGAACCCACAGGAAGACGCAAGAAAAACGAUACGUCUCCAGCCCAUCCCAUGGCGCCACCCGGUACUGCCACGACAAGCUUCCGAGGACCUUCUCCAAUGGCGUCUCCGAACCAACCAACUAGCAGGGUUUCGAGCCCGGCCCCGAAGCCAGAAUCCAAUCUGACCGUGCAGUUUACUACAGCCCUCGAUGAAGCGAAUGAGAGUGACUCAAAACGGAGUUAUCACGAAAUGAGCGACGAGGAAGAUGUUCGUCGGCCAAAUCUCAUCGAAGAUGUCUAUGGCGUUGAACAUCGGAAGAAUCCACCGACAAAGAAGGUCAAAACUGAUGGCACAGACGAAAAGCCCAGCAUGGCUAACAUACCGAUCGCAAUCUCCGGAGAUACUGGACUCGGCAAAUUCAUGAAAGAAGGGGAGAGCAAUCAGACUGCAACUCCAACUGCUUCUGCUGUUGUUGAUUUGACCGCCGAUGCCACUAACGCGUCCAACGAUGAUGAUGACGAAGUGCAAUGCACAGGGUCCGCUGACCUUAGCACCCAAGAGGUCUGCUUCGGAAGGAUCGAAAACGCCUUCAUCAACGCCCAUCAUGUCCCUCAACCCCCACCAAAUCCUGUCUUCAACGACUCUGCUUCUCAUUGGACUUCAAUAAAGCUCGACCUUCGGCGUCAGCCUACGGGCAAUUUCCAAAUCGAUGCCAUUGAUCCUUACGGGAACAACUUUGGCAUGGUUGAUGCGAAGACUGCUAUAGCACUAUGCCCAUUGCUUGACUCCACUGCAUGGCCCGUGGGAUUCACUGCGCGACUCGACACUCGGAAGAAGGUGCCUGGAGAAGUGAUUGGGGGACCGGUAUCGGGUAUCUAUCGUGUAUCCAUCAACCUCUAUGGCCAGAGACAGCAUGCCACUGGGAUUGGGAAAUUUCUGGGCCAGAAAAACGUCUGGCUGGGAACUCCAACGGUCUUGGGACAAGGAAGUAUACUUUUCAACCCACACGCGAAUGUGCGCCGUCAGAUGAACGCAGCAGCAGUCGCCGGCAAUAACGUUACUGGACGCUCGACCGUUCGCUAUGAGGUUCGAACUGCUGAGGAGGUGAACGAUGCCGUUAUGAAGAUGUUUGAUCAGCUCAUCACUGUGGACAUCCCAACAAUGGAGCCAAGUUCUCACAUCCUGACCCCCCUGCUACCGCAUCAGAAACAAGCUCUCUGGUUUAUGACAGAGAAAGAGAAGCCGCGCAAGUUCGGCCCUAACGAGGAAGACAACAACUCGUUGUGGCGAAUGGUCCGCACGUCUGGUGGCAAAAUUCAAUACCGCGAGAUCAUCACCGGACUUGUUCUUGAUAGCAAGCCCGAGGAGUCUCUGGGAGGCCUAUUGGCUGAUAUGAUGGGUUUGGGCAAGACUUUGAGCAUCCUAUCGUUGAUAACGGCCUCUCUUGAGUCAUCUCUUGAAUGGAAAAGAUUGGCACCUCACCCCAGCCUUGUUCGCGCGAUUCCUGGCAUUCGCAAUACGCGCACUACCCUUCUAGUUGUCCCUUUGAGCGCGGUCAGCAACUGGACAACGCAGAUCAAUGAGCAUCUCGCGCCAGACUCUCUCAAGUGUCAUACAUUCCAUGGCCCAAAUCGUAUUACUGAUUUGGACGAACUCGCGAAAUAUGACGUUCUCAUCACCACCUAUAGCACCGUUCUCAGUGAGAUGAAUGGGCGGGGCGCCAGGCGCGGAGACAGCCCUUUGAGGAGGAUGAAUAUGUUCCGGAUUGUGCUUGAUGAGGCUCACACCAUCAGAGAGCAGAAUGCAAGGCAAACAAAGGCUAUACUGGAUCUCAACGCUGAGCGCAAAUGGUCUGUGACUGGAACUCCGAUCCAGAAUCGCCUGGAAGAUCUUUUGUCUGUCACCAAAUUUCUCCGCAUUUAUCCUUACAAUGAGCGGAGCAGUUUCGUCCAGCAUAUUUUGAGUCCUUUCAAGACAGGUGACCCCACUGUUCUUGCUAGCUUGCGAGUCAUGGUGGACUCGUUCACUUUGCGCCGCGUCAAGGAUAGAAUCAAUUUGCCACCCCGCAAUGAUAACAUGGUCAUAUUGGAUUUCACCGAGCAGGAGAAGCAACUGCAUGAGUUCUUCCGCAAUGAGUCAAAUGUCAUGAUGCGCGUCAUUGCUGGAGAAUCCAAGAACAAGAUGGGUGGCCGGAUGUACCACCACGUUCUGAAGGCCAUGAUGAUUCUUCGUCAAGUCAGUGCUCAUGGCAAAGAGCUUCUGGACAUCGAGGACCGCGAGCGGAUCAAGGGGUUAUCUGUGCACGAUGCCAUCGACCUGGAGGAAGGUGAACCGGCCGAAACACCCGCAGCCUUGGACAAGAAGGCGUAUGGCAUGUUCUCUAUGAGACAGGACAUGGCAGAGGAUCUGUGUGCGACAGAAACCUGCAACAAACCCCUCGAGCCAAUCCUCGCUGCGAAUGGAGAAGUCGACCGUGACGCCCCGAUGGCGAUAUACCUGCCCUGCGGCUGUGUCUUCUGCCCGAAUUGUUUCUCUGGUUGGAAAGAAGUGUUCGACUCGAACUCCGAGACUCCCAUGGAGUGUCCCGGCUGCAAGGGAUGGACCGCCAUGGCCUACUCCGUAAUCACACCCUCUGGCCUUGACGAAUAUCAGGCCCAGCAGGAUCAAGAGCGCCGUGACCGCCAAAAUGGGAAGGUUGGCAAGGUUUUCGGUGAAUAUGAAGGCCCGCACACUAAGACCACCGCACUGCUUAAUUACCUCAAGGGAAGUGUCGAGGACAGCAAGAAACUCGAAGGCGAGCCACCCAUCAAGAGCGUUGUGUUCUCCGGCUGGACCUCCCACCUGGACCUCAUCGAGAUCGCCCUGCGAAACAACGGACUGGACGGCUUUGUCAGACUGGACGGCACGAUGACCCUUGCCGCACGAAUGAAGGCCCUCGAACUGUUCGCCAAAGACGAUUCGAUCACCAUUCUCCUGGCUACCAUCGGUGCAGGUGGUGUCGGUCUCAAUCUAACCUCCGCAUCGCGUGUCUUCAUCAUGGAGCCACAAUACAAUCCAGCCGCCGUUGCACAGGCCGUCGACCGUGUCCACCGUCUCGGACAGACCCGACCCGUGGAGACAUACCAGUUCAUUAUGAAAGGCAGUAUCGAGGAGAAGAUCCAGGAACUCGCCAAGAAGAAGCAGCAGCUCGCAGAUAUGAGCAUGAACCGUGGUAAACUGGAUAAGCGGGAGGUUCAGGAGGCUCGUAUGCGCGAGUACCGUUCCCUCUUCAAGUGA